CCUCCUCCUCCUCCUCCUCUGUGAAGACAGAGGGGGGCAGGUCCUGUUGUAGUGGGCUCUAUUACUGCCUUGGCAGGUAAUGCUGUGUCUCACACGGGGCUUUAAGAGCCUCAGUGCUUCUGUAGUUAUAACUAUAGCGAGGUGACCUCGUUUCAGCACCGCGGCUCGCUAACAGCUCCAGAGCACGGCAGAGAUUUGGUCAGCCCCUCCCCGCCCGGUGCGUCUCACACAGCGGGUAACCAGGGCGCAGCCUCCGUCAACAGUUUCAGCACCAGCGGCGCGGAGCUGUCCAAACAUUCAGCACUUUUCUUCUUCCUGGGGUGGAAACAAGAUCACAGAGGAGAAACGAAAGCCAGGUUAAAGGCGAGGUUUCUCUAGGACCAAACGAGACAGCGUAUUUCAGGAUGGCGUCAAAAUACUUUGGCCUCUUCGUCCUUUUCCAGCUUCUAGCCCUGAGUGUAGUGAGCCAGAUAUCUGCCUUCCCCACACCUACUACAGCUUCAACUGAUGAUAAAACUGUGUACAAUAGACAGUUGACAGAGGAAAGACCACUACAAGAGCAGAUUGCUGAAGCAGACAGCGUGAAGGCUGCAGUACAGUCAGCUGAGAGCAAGCGUCCUUCUGACCCCGAGUCACAGCAGGACCUUGAUGAUUUAACUGUGCUGAAGUCACUGGCUGAUGGGCAGAAACCUAAAGACUCCACAGAUGUGCCAAACAAAAAGGACGUCCUGUAUGUUCCAGAUGAGUCUGACUCGACCAAGAGCAGACGUCUGGCUGAGGACUACGACUCCACUAAGAACGGGAUGGACUACGGCAAGUACCAGGAUGACCCUGAAAGCUUUCGUCAAGUCGAUGGCACUCCACUGACAGCAGAAGACAUCGUCCAGAAGAUCGCAAACAAAAUCUACGAGGAGGACGACAGAGGAGUGUUCGACAGAAUCGUCUCCAGACUGCUCAAACUGGGGCUGAUCACAGACAGCCAGGCGGACACACUGGAGUACCAGGUGGCCGAGGCUCUGCAGGAUCUCAUCACUAAAAAUGCUAAGAACAACGAGAUCGAGGAUAUGGAAAAUAAUGACCAAGAGCCCAGAGCGGAGCAGGAUGACCAGGGUUCUGACGCAAACCCGGAUACAUGGGAGCCACCCAGGCGCCGCUACAAUGACGAUGAGGAGGAUGAAGAGGACGAUGAUGAUGAGAUUGUGGAUGAGGUGGACAGAGACGCAGAGGAAGAGCAAGACACAGGGGACAACACCUGGGAGAAAGAUACCGAUGAGGGCAACGAGGUGAGACCUGAAGACGGGCUCCAGGACCUGCAGUACUUCCCCAACUUCUACCGUCUGCUCCGGAGCCUCGACUCAGAACAAGACACUCAGGAGAGAGAGACACUGAUCACCAUCAUGAAGACGCUGAUUGACUUUGUGAAGAUGAUGGUGAAGUACGGCACCAUCACGCCUGAGGAGGGAGUGUCCUAUCUGGAGAACCUGGAUGCUAUGAUCGCCAUGCAGACCAAGAACAAGCUGGGCAAGUCUCUGGGGCCUCCUGAUUUCAAUGGACCCAACGGAAAAAUUUUGGAUGAGGAUGACAACACCAAGGCUGAGGCCGCCAAGAUGCAGAAAGAGUACGAGAACCUGAAAGACUCAACCAAGGAGGAGCAGCCAUCAUCAGAGACCAGUCAGCCAGGCAAGUCAGAGACGUAUCUGGAGGCAAUCAGGAAGAACAUCGAGUGGCUGAAGAAACACAACAAAGACGAAGGCAAAGAUGAUUAUGACCUGUCCAAGCUGAAGGACUUCAUGGACCAGCAGGUUGACUCGUACAUUGAGAAGGGAAUCAUUGCCAAAGACGAGGGCGACACCAUCAAGAGGAUCUACAGCAGCCUGUAACGCCAUCGUCCUCCCUGGCCUGUACACACAGGACUGAAUCUGAAUUAAAGAACUCCAACCAAACCCUGAUUAUUAACAGUUAUUUCCCAUGGCAUGGUAAAGUAUAUACUGUGUAUUCAAAUCUACCUGCUAAGAGGAACUUGUUUGCCCUCCCAGACAUUCCCAAAAUGCAUCGAGAGAAGUGAUUUAAUCAAACUCAAUCAAUGAAAUGAUAGAGAUAUUCUACAGCUACCUAACUGAUAAUAUUUGCACGCAAAAAAUCACAACGUAAAAAUGAAAAGUGUAUGAUUAAUAGAAAAUUAAAGUAUUUUAUGUUACCAAUUCACCAAUAAAUUGCUAGCAUUUACUCCUGAAUCCUGAGGGAAGUGAAUCCUACGAGUAUGAUGCUGUAGCUUCGCCAUCAACUACUGUCUCUGCUUCAUUUUUAUAUCAAGAUGUACUCAUUCUGUGUAACCUGUCUUAGACAAUUAUAUUUCUUUUUUUCCAGUGUUUAUGUAAGAUCUUUAUGUAUUUCUUGCUUUUUAUUUUACCAAAAAUAUAUUUGUUGUGUAUCAUGUCAAUGCCCUCUGAACUCCUGUAUUCAGUUCUGCUGUAAUUCUUCUGGAGCCCACUAGAGGGCAGUGUCUGUACCAUCACUUCUCUCUGCAUGUCUCUGUGAGUUCGACAUAUCCAUCUCUGUAGAGCCAGAAGAUAAGUAUUUUUAAAUGUAAAUAUUUGUGAUUUUUUCCUAAAGUUUAAAAGCAAUUAAAACAUUGCCUUUUCUUUA